AUGCCGCCACAAAGUAUGCCACAGCCAGACAGCCACAGCAUGAGCGAGGUGUGGCUCUACUCCGCUGUCAGCGAUUCCCUUAAAUCAGUCCAUCAUCGACCGGAAUCGAACACUGCUGGGGCACACCACAACGCAGAAAUGCUGACGCUGGAACUGAAAUUGAAACUGAAAUGUUUGCUCCUGUUGCUGCCCUGGCUGCUGGUAUGCAAGUUCUUCUACAAGCCCGAGGACUUUACGGAGAGGGAUGUGUUCUACAACAGCUUGGACUAUCACCCAGAGGACUACAUUGAUACGUUCACAACCCUACAGCAGGACGACUACUUUCAGUGAUGAGAAAUGCAAC